ACUAGCUAUAGCCAAAUUGUAAAUAAGUAUAUACGUACGUCCUCACCAUAAUAAAAAGGAUCUAACACUGCUCGAUCUGGACUGUAUGCCUUCAAGGAACUCAAAGUAUGUAUCAUGGUGAAACCACCAGGCGAGCAGCUGCAGCUCGCUACUGUUUUUCGCCUGGAUAGCACGUCUGUGCCAUUUUUUAGACGUGUGCAUGUUGCAGUUGCUCGUGGUCGUUAUACUACCUAGAACUAGAAGUAGAAGGUGAAUGUGGUACAUGAUCAAUCAUUAGUAGUCACAAAACUCCAUUAUGAUGAGAAAUCGCUCUGUCCUUCGAAGACGAAGCAAGAUCCAGCUGGUCUUUCUCCUAUUCGCCCACGACGGCCGCUGGUUUUCACGAAUGUGUUUUGCUGCGGAAAGAACGGCAAAUCCGAAAACUGAGGUUGCAAGAAGAAGCAGCAGCUCCAAGGAAAGCUACACGGAUUAUGUGGCAGGUCUCGAAGAUCAUCAGAAGUUUGAUGUUGAGCUUCUUCGACGUCGCUCCCAGUCAGACCACAAGGAUCUGCUCUUGCCUCGUAACAGCGAUGAAGAUCCUGAAGCAGGGAGACGUGACAGUAGGAGCACCAGCUCCCCUACAGAUAUUCAGACUAUCCCGACGGAGUACCAGGCCGCGUCGCUGGCGAAGCAGCUACUCGGGCAGCAGUAUCAAAUGUAAAAGUGUCUGGGUCUGGAAGAUUUCUAGAUUUGUCAUGCAUAUUUUCCAUGACCAUGACCAAUGAUGUCUGUGAUGCAUGCCGUAGCAUCACAGAUUUUUUGCGGGCAUCUUGAUGCCUAUCCCGCAUGAGAAAUCCCCUCUCCGCGGAGCAAAAACUGGACGCCUCUUGUUGCUCAUGCAAUACAGAUUUUCUUUGGAUUCCAAAAAUAGCAUCACAAGUUGCAUUCGUCCAGACCCAGACAUUUUUACAUUUGAUAAGCAGGGUUUCGCAACCAUGAUGGUGCGCUACUACCGGGACCCGCAGUACCAAGAUUUUCCGUUCGGGCAGGUGGAGCAAAUCGCGGCAGAUUGCGCCAACCAGCAGGACAUAUGGAUCUUUUCGAGCCCACUGGAGGCCACCUUGGACGCGGUGCUGCACUACAAGAACCACGUGUCGUUCCAUGUGCGAGCGCCCAACGCCAACGACACAGCCAUCGACCCAAUGACGCUGCACAGCGUCACUUUUCUCGGGCGAGCAAAACCUGGGGCGCGGUUUGGCGCUGACUCGCCAGCGGAGCGACGCGAGUACCAGCGCGUGUCCGACUGUUUCUUCGCCAAGCACCCCGACGCGCGGCAGUGGGAGCACAUGACAUCUCACAACUUUACGUUUUGGACGACAUCCGUCGAGAAAAUCCACUACGUCGGCGGUUUUGGCGACACGCACUACAUCGGCGACAUUUCCCCGGAUCUCUUCGCGAAGGCGCCAGCCACCCCGUAUUGCGAAGAUUGGCCCGGGUCCCCCAAGACGAAAGAGAAGUGUUGUCCCUACGACUCGGACAACGCGAUGCGCAGCUGCUGCCGCAAAACACCACCUGUCCUCAAUGGUGCUGAGGUGGAGCAGCCUGUGGGAACUGAACCAAAUCCGAGCCGAGGAGCGCAGAGCGAAAAAAUGUUGGCCGGCAAUAUUGACAGUAGCUACAAGCAAGGAAAAGCAGAAAAUCCCGCGCCGUCACUGUUGCGGCCUGGUGUUUCUGAAGCCGCGUUUCAGGAUGAGAUCAUCCUGUAGUCGCCGAGGAGAGGACCGCCAGAAGAUGCAAUAAAUAGCACUACGAGAUAAAAAAAAGCUCGACGACAAAGGGAAAGAUGCUAUCGAACCCUCUUGGACAACGUGAUUCUCGAGGAGAGGUGCUUUUUUCUCGUGAUAUAAUUCUUAAUACUACGAAGCAACUGCUGGUCGAAUAAAUGACGAUGAACGCAACGCGGACGCUUGCUGCUCCUCCUCUUUGCAGAUUUAUUCUAAGUUUUUAUGAAAUGAAAAGAAAAUUGCGAAAAGGCUGCCCGUGGUCUCUCAGCUCAUGUACAAAAUGUAAAUGAAAAUGUUUUUCACAUGGAUCGCGCAUGAGAACGCAGAAGCUACUUAAUAUCAAUGCCUGAAAUACAUGUUUUGUUUGUACGAAAAGGAUUGCAUACUUGAUGCACUCUUGGUCUUGAACCACUAACUCGGAAUUGCACGCAGUGCACACGAUGAUUCACCGCUGAUGACAUCGUGCUUUGGUACCU